CGGUUUUGAACAACACAACAGACCUCGGGACCAACGCUCAUCGGGUCAUGUGACCCCUUUAUAAAUACUGUACGGUGUUGUUGCGGAGGUGACUGUAACAUAUAACUGCCGCUCAUUCGUUCAGGGCAGCAGCGUCCAAAGCUUCUCGAGUAAAUACGGCUGGGAUCAAAACAUGCAUAACAAAACGUGAGAAAUAGCCCCAGAUAUUGCACACUCGAGAGUUUGAUGUCGGAAAAUACAUCGUUUAAAAGAGGUCGUAGGUUCCGCGCAGAACUUCAAGAGUCCGUGAAACAAUAGCAGCUAAUUCUAUCCAGUUGAGUUCAAGCCUUGAACUUCAAGGAGACAAGAUAGUGACAUAAUGUUUCAUGUCAUCUUCCAUAAGUAAGUGUUUAGAAGGGAUCCUUUUGUGCCAAGUUUGAACAAUUGCAAACUUUUACUAUUUUGUAUAGCGUAGCAGUUUGUUUAUAUACUUUCGCAUAGCACAGAUGACGCUCCAAUUCUUAAGUGGCCCGCUUAAGCAUACAGUAUUUUUACUGUAGAACACCAACGUUUUCCAGCAAUCUUCGACUAUUCUGACGCCUCCAGUAUACCUUCCGAAGCUGAAAAAACCAUGGCUACCCGCCAUCCGCUAAAAGCCAACUCGUUGGACUCACGCGACAUGUUCCUGAAAUAUUCUACUUGUUUGGAGACUCCAGUAUCUCUUUCGCAUAAGACAAUUCCGACUCGUCCAACUAGAACCAAACUGGCUACAUCCAUGCAGACUAUUAUAGAGCUGGAUAAUAUAUUGGGAGACAUCGACGAAGAAUAUGAAGGAUUUUUCGGCGAAAAAUCAGGAGAAUCGCCAAGAGCACAUUUUCUUGCUGCUGUAAAAGUCUUUGAUACACGAAGUCAACUCGCAAAAUCAUUGCUGGUUUGA